AUGCCGUUGCCUCAGCGAUCCGCCACGACGGCAACCGACGUCCAGCCAUUCUAUGGCUACGUAGACACCACUGAAGACGCUCUUCGACUCAUCGAGGCCGCUAGAAGGGGAUUCUUACCUCGAGUCACUCGCCGCUUGAAUGAGCUUGAACGCCGAUCAAUGAUCAGGAGUGGUGCUGUCUUUGUCUUCAGUGUCGAGGAGAGCGGGAUCAAACGUUGGACGGAGGGGUUAGCGUGGUCACAAUCACGUAUUUCUGGUAAUUUCUUGAUCUAUAGAGAAGUCACCGACAGAAGCAGCCUUCGUGCUUCCCAGCAGUCGUCCGAGGUGACUGACAUGACUCAAGGGAGUAAUCCCGUCGAUGGCCAUGUCAUGUUGAAGCCCAACGGACUCGUAAAGAAGACAAUAACGGUCAAAAUCAACGGCUCUGACCACCACCUUAUCUCGUACUUCACGCAGGACGACGUGCGCUCUGGGCGGUUGCACAGACCGACGAGUCGCCCCGAUCUCAUGGCGCUUAAGAUACCGAUGGAGCUUUUACAGUCCGCCAACUUCAGGUACCCAUUGAAGCUGGAGACGCAAUACACUACAGUCCCUUCGUAUCUGUAA